UACUGUCCGGCAGUUCACUCGGGUUUAUUACGGAAUAAGGAAGAAGCAGAAGCUGUGAAACGCCUUCGAAGCGAAAAUAGUGACCUUCUGAGUGAGAAAUAUAGCACCGAUUUCAACCUACUGCGAUGGGCUCAGGGCUACGGUUUCGACAUGGAAGAAGCGUCAGCUCAACUUCGACGUCAUCUGAAAUUUAGAAAGUUCUAUGACCUCGACAAUUAUGACAAGAUUCCCGAGCACGCAAUUCUCAAACAAUAUUUCCCUAUUGGAUUAGUCGGAAGAACGGGUCAGGACAACACUUUAUUGGUGAUAGAAUGCGCUGGACGAAUCGAUUUGGUCGGAAUACUGAAAGCAGUCCAGUUGUCCGAUUUUCUUAUACAACGAUUUCGAUUGCAAGAGAAAAUGCUGUCCGCGCUAAAUGAACUCGAAGCGGAAACUGGAAAACAGGCUUCCGUCUAUAUUCUCGAUUUGGACGGACUCAAGUUUGAAACCUCUCUCUUGAGUAUUGUGACAGGUAAGGGUUGGCAACGUUGGCACUGUUACGAAGUUUUCGCUGAAUAG